UUGGCUGGUUUUUUAAUGGACUGUGCUGAUUCGCUGCGACAAAAAGCUCAGCAUCGACAAAGUCCGCUGACGGAGCUUCAUUUGGUUCAGAGGAGAGAGGACCCACAAAGAGCGAACAAACCUCCGAUCAGCUGUUCGUCUGAGGAGUUGUUGUUGAUUGUGCUGCGAUUCAUUUGGAGCCACAUACAGAGAAAAAAAACACAGGCUUUGAACUUCACUUUCUCAGAAGCAAUGCUGUGUUUAGGAGAUUCUUCUGACUGCCUCCGGGACCACAUGCAGUACAUGAGGAGAUCCCUGCAGGAUUUGAAGCAGAUAAGCAGGCCGAGGCCACUUAGCGAACCAUGUGUUCAGUCUUUCGCUGUCACUCGGUUAUACAAACAGAGGGCACAGCAAGAGCGACUCACUCGACUGCGUGCUUCUGAUGCCAGUGAAGCCAGCACCUAUGACUCUGCCUGCUGCCUGGCCAGCCCACUGGAAGAGGAGGAAGAGCAACAGGAGCAUGAAAGGCUGAAACAGGGCUCUCCCAGCAGUGAGAAGAGUGUGGACUUUGACUCAGGUUACUCUGAAGCUUCUUGGCCUGAUGAAGGCGUGGUGCUGAGGAGGACCAGAAACAUACGAGUUUCUUCUUCUGCCUGUCUCCGCACAAACAGAGGACCUUCUGGUCGUAUCCGACCCAAAUCAACAUCAGACGCCUGUCUGGAGCGCUGGACAUCAUUCGAGGCCAGUGAGCAACAGGACUGGACGACAAUGCUGCUGAGCCGCAGCAGGAACAGACAGCCCUUGGUUCUGGGUGACAACAGUUUUGCUGACCUAAUAAAGAAUUGGAUGGACCUACCGGAGCUUCCUGAGCCAGCAGAACAAAAACCAAAUGCAGGCCGACGUCUUGCCAAAGACAUUCUGGUUAACAUGCGCCGAAAACUUGCAGGGGUGUCCAAAGGUGUGGAGAUGAGGCAGAGGCCAGGAGACUCCACCAAGGGCUGCAGGAGUGCAGAGGCUUCUAAACGAAUGUCCUGUCCCGUGGGACUCCAAGGACUCAAACCUUUCUUUCACCAGUCCCACACAGGUCUACAUACACUGGACACCGAUUUUUACCAGUUCACCGCUCUCAUGAAGACAGGGAGCCGGCAGCCCAUCAUAUGCAAUGACAUCAUUGGCUACAUCUGAAGACUGUACCUACAGACACCCGUUUCAAAAGAACUAUUGUUUUUUCAGUGUUUAUAUUUUUGGAAUAAAAGCUGAUUAUUAUUAUUUUUAUUAUUAGUAUUAUUAUUUAAUGCAAAUUUGUCUGUCCCUGUUUGUCUGAGCAGUGCUAAAUGCUACAAGAAUAUUAAAAAUGUGCAAAAAACAA